GUGCUACCCUAGGGGGUCGCGUUCUUCUACCUCCUACCUCUUGGUCACCGCAAAGCUUGGUCCGGUUCUUCACCCGGCUGCAAGCGCUAGGUGUGCGGAGACCUGGCAGCUCUUGGGGCUUAAGGUCUGAGCACCAGGACCAGUGGAGGUGCCUGUAGAAUACUUUCGGACCCUCUCUCGGACCCUCUCUCAGCCCCUGAGUGUGCGGGACGUGCGGAGCGCAGUUCGGGAUCUGCACUCGAGGAUUUGUCGAGGACGCACUAAGCUAAGCAUCUGCCCGGAGCAUGGAAGCACACCUUGACUGGUACGGGGUCCCAGGGCUGCAGGAGGCCAGCGACGCGUGCCCUAGGGAGUCCUGCAGCAGUGCCCUGCCUGAGGCCCGUGAAGGUGCGAACGUCCACUUCCCACCGCACUCCGUUCCUCGCGAGCACUUUUCCUGUGCCGCACCAGAACUCGUAGCAGGGGCCCAGGGGCUGAAUGCAAGCUUGAUGGACGGCGGCGCGCUGCCCAGACUCGUGCCCACCUCGUCUGGAGUCGCUGGAGCCUGCGCUGCUCGGCGGAGACCAGCGUCCCCGGAAUUGCUGCGCUGCAGCCGGCGGCGGCGAUCUGGAGCAACCGAGGCCAGCAGCAGCUCGGCGGCCGUGGCACGCCGCAAUGAGCGCGAGCGCAACCGCGUAAAGCUGGUAAACUUGGGCUUCCAGGCGCUGCGGCAGCACGUGCCGCACGGCGGCGCCAACAAGAAGCUGAGUAAGGUGGAGACGCUGCGCUCCGCGGUAGAGUACAUCCGUGCGCUGCAGCGGCUGCUCGCAGAGCACGACGCGGUGCGUGCCGCUCUCGCUGGGGGGCUGUUAACACCCGCUACUCGGCCGUCAGAUGCGUGCGCGCAGCCCUCCGCCUCCCCUGCCAGCGCGUCUCUGUCCUGCGCCUCUACGUCUCCGUCCCCGGACCCCCUGGGCUGCUCUGAGCCUACCUCCCCGCGCUCCGCCUACUCGUCGGAGGAAAGCAGCUGCGAGGGAGAGCUAAGCCCGAUGGAGCAGGAGCUGCUUGACUUUUCCAGUUGGUUAGGGGGCUACUGAGCAUCCCACCCGCCUAAGCUGCAUCCCUGGGUGACUCCUGGUGGACCUACCUGUGCUUCUUGCCCAGGAAACCUGGGCCUAUGCCUUACCCAUGCUGUCUAGUGCAGCCUGACCAAAUGCCAAGUGCUGACUGACCUCUACUCGGCCUCCACGCCGCGGAAUGACAUCUUCCAUCUCCAGGUCCUUGCAGCACCAGGACUUGGAAAUUUCUCAGGAUAAAGAUUUUUACAGUGACAAUCUACUUUUUAUCAAUUAACUUGAACUGCUGUAGGACUCUACUGAAAAUAUGAAGAAUUAUUUUUAUACAAAGGACCCUUAAGCUUGGAGCACAAUAAAGAUGACCUCUGUCCCUCACCCCCACUGUCUAGAACUUUCCAACGUGGCCAAGGUGUGGACCGGUUGGGCCCUGAGGGCAAGAUGCCUGGCUGCACCCUUCUUCCUCUUCUGAAGCCUAUACUGACGCUGAUGUUUGGCCAGUGUGGGAACUCUGCUGUUGCAAAGUGUACUAUUCUAUAAAAGUUGUUUUUCAUUGGU